GAAUCAUUAGCCAUGUCCAACCUGCGGCCUUUCGAAGAGCGGUCCUGUCGAGACGAACACUUCAAUUACGCUUUUCCUUUGCUGAUUUGGAGGUUGCAACACAUCAGCAGAGACCACGGAAGAUCCUUACAUUAUAUACUAUUCUAGCAUCUGCGUGACAGCACUUGCAAGCGACAAUGGUUUCCACUUCUAUUGAAACGCGGCUGUUCAUAAACGGCAAGUUCCGGCCGUCCUCUAACAAUGAGACGUUUGAUCUUCUUUCUGCAAAAUCUGGUUCAUUACUAGCAAAAGUAUAUGAAGCGACCAAGGAAGAUGUAGACGACGCUGUAGCGGCAGCCAAAGCCGCCUUCCCAGCGUGGGCCAGUCUUUCACCGUACGAAAGAGGCAGAUAUCUCGUGCGGCUCGCCGACCUCAUCGUCGAAGCUAAUGCAGAUCUAGCGCAUCUUGAGGCUGAGUCCAUGGGUAGACCUGUGUCAACGUACUUUGAUGCCACCGUUGGUGCCAAGUAUUUCCGCUACUUCUCUGAGGCAGCAUAUCCUCAAGGAGGUUCAAGCUUGAAUACUCCGGGGUUUGUGAACAUUACUUUGAAGCAGCCGGUAGGCGUUGUUGCAGCGAUUAUUCCUUGGAAUGCACCUCUCGUCUUCUUUUGUAAAAAGCUGGCACCAGCAUUAGCCGCUGGCAAUGCUGUCGUUCUCAAGAGUAGUGAGAAAGCGCCGUUGACUUCUCUGUACGUCGCUAUGCUCGCUCAAAAAGCCGGCUUCCCCCCUGGCGUCCUCAACGUUCUCUCUGGCCAUGGCCCCGUCUCGGGCGCAGCGCUCGCUUCGCAUAUGGACGUCCGGGCCUUGACAUUCACUGGCUCCAACCGCACGGGAAAAUUAAUCGCCAAGAUGGCCGCCGAUUCCAACAUGAAGAACUUGAUCUUUGAACUCGGGGGCAAGUCACCCGCCAUCAUUUUUGACGACGCCGAUAUUGAUGCCGCGGUACGAGAGACUCAGUUCAGCAUCCAGCUCAUCAGCGGACAGACUUGCAUGGCAAAUUCGCGCAUCUAUGUGCAGCGCUCUAUCGCUGAAUCGUUCGUCGAGAAGUUUAAGGCUGCAUUUACGUCUGCUCGACUGGGUGAUCCGACCGACCCUCAGGUCAACCACGGGCCACAGGCGGAUAAGAUUCAGCACGCGACAGUACUGCGGUAUAUCGAGCUGGGAAAGAAGACGGGCAAGUUGAUAACCGACGAGCAGUCUGCUUCGGGCUUAUACAUCAACCCCACGAUAUUCAGAGACGUCCCUGAGGAUGCCCAGAUCAUGAAGGAGGAGAUCUUUGGGCCAGUGGUGAUCAUAAACACAUUCGACACAGAAGCAGAAGCAGUGGCAAACGCGAACAAUACCGAGCACGGUCUGUACGCAUCGGUGUAUACAAAAGAUCUGGAUCGAGCGAUGAGGGUUGCCUCGAGGCUGGAGGCGGGAACAGUAGGGGUUAACUGCACAAGUCCGACGAAGGGAGACGACAUGCCAUUUGGUGGGCAAAAGGGGAGUGGAGUGCAAAGGGAGAGUUAUAUCCAUAGUAUUGAGACAUUUAUGGAGACGAAGUCAGUUUUGAUCAAGGUAGCAGGGCUUUGAUGGGAAGAAAUAUUAAACAUCCAAUCUGAUCGGGGAAACUAUAGGGUAAUGCUCUUAGAGGUAGGGAAUUAGGUAGGGUUAGGGAGUGAGAAAUAUUGAUCUAUCUACCUCUCUAUUAACCACCACCUACCUGGAUAAUUUAUGAACCCGAAUACUGAGAAAUAUAUAAAUAAGCACUGCCAUA